ACUGUUAUUCACUUACUCAAGAACAUCAGAUCAAUCAAUAUUAUACUACUCAAAUACCACUCAUACAAUCAUACAAUUAGAGAGCUACUGUUGUCUGAUUAUUUGUACACUUCAAAAGCUAAACGCCUACUAUUGGUUUUACAAACAAAGCUAAAUCCCAUACUAAAAACCUACUACUUCAUCAACCACUUGCCACUUCAUCAACUCACUACUUCAUCAACAACGCCUCAACCUACCUAUAACCCUUGCAAACCUCUAAAACCUAUAGCAAACAUCAAAACAACACCCUCAACAAAACAUCAAACAUAAUCAAUCAUGACAACCCGAUACCAAGUCACCGAACCUCACCCUCACGUCCCUACAUCCUCAUUCAUCCAUUCCGGACGAGGAGGAGCAGGAAACACAUUCAAAGCACCCAAGACCACCGAAGGCAGCACAGCCCACGGACCCGCCUCACUCUUCUCCCGCGGUCUUCCCCAAACCUCAUCUAAAUUCAGCAGCGGCCGCGGCGGCGCAGGAAACAUCCUCCCAUCAUCAAAGAAAGCACCAUUUUCCUUCGACGAAGAACUCGAGCGACAAAGCACUCGCGAGAAGAAGAUGAGCGAGGGAGGCAUGUGGCAUGUAGGUCGAGGCGGUGCCGGAAACUAUGCUAGUGGAAGACUAGCUAGUGAGCGUAAGAGUUCGACCAGCUCCGAGGAUAGCGAUGGUAGUAUUAGGAGUGUGAGGAGUGGGGGAUUUUUAGAACGUUGGACUUCGAGGUCUUCUUCUGUGAGAUCUUCGUAGGAUGGAGAGUUCUUUUGACUCUUGCUCUUUUAUGAUGUCGACGGUUUUAACUCUUUACACUUUAUACUUACGAAGCAUUACUUUGGCGUUUCAACAUCACUACUUUAACUUCACUCUUAAUACACAAUUCCAUUCACCGCAUCAUCAUAUUCAACAAACGGCGCAACAAACGGAUGGACACGGCAAAUAGCAAACGGGGCAGGACAGGGGGCAAACGGGGAACCAAAAAAAGUUAUUGAUUGGGACCUAGGAAGAAUUACAGCAUUGCCAACUGGCACAAUCCAUUUUCUAAAGUAAUCAUGUCCUGGAGAUUCUCAUGUUUCUUUCUUCUCUCAAUUCAAUGAGGGACUUGCUUUAUGAUACCCCGGAUUUUCUAUAUUUGAGGAGAGAGGAGAGAGACGAGGG